AUGCUGUGCCCAAGGCCAGGCUUUAUAGCGAGAGAUCGACUUAGCUGCUUUUCCAGUUCGGGUUUUCUCGGAGCAUUUUUGGCAACCGGCGACUCUUACAAAACAAUCGGUCACAAUUUUCGAUUGGGAUUUUCAACAGUUGCUAUAAUUGUUGAAGAGGUUUGCAGUGUUAUAUGGAGUAAACUGCAGCCAAUUUAUAUGCCAGAGCCCACACAAGAGCUAUGGGAAAAAUCAGUUUUGGGCUAUGAAAACUUAUGGCAGUUUCCCAACUGUUUAGGAAGCAUAGACGGGAAGCACGUGACAAUCAGGUGUCCCCGAAAUAGUGGAUCAAAUUAUUUUUCCUACUUAAAAAAAUUUUCUAUUGUUCUCAUGGCGAUUGUUGACACUGAAUAUAAAUUUAUUUGUGUAGAUGUUGGUGCCUAUGGUAAAAAUAGUGAUGGAGGUAUCUUCGAGCAAUCUGCUAUGGGAAGAAGAUUUGAAAAUGGCACAUUUAAUAUUCCUCCUAACAGGCCAUUUGCCGGUAAAGAUGAUGAGGUUCCAUCGAGAUAUGACCGUAAUAAAGAAAAAUUUAAUUACCAUCUAUGUAAAGCUCGUCGCGUUGUGGAAAACGCUUUUGGCAUACUGGCACACAAAUGGAGAUUUUUUUUUAGACCCUUAGAAGUAAAAGUUAGCACGGCUACGAAGCUUGUAAAAACAGCCUGUGUAUUACACAACUUUUUACGGGAAAAAAAUAUUGACCAAAAAUAUCUUAAUCUACAAGAACACAAUGAUAUGCCAGUACAGGUAUUCCAUCCCUUGCCAGUUGAUAGAAGAAGAGCGGUAAACCUAGCGUUUGGGAUACGUGAAAAAUUUGUUUCCCAUUUCAGUAAUUUGUAAAAGUAUGUCACUCAUAAUAAACUUACACAUAUUAUGUCCAAAAGUAUGGAAUUGUUAAGUAUUUUUCUUGAUAUUUAGGAUUUUACUUCUUGGUUUAUUUAAACAUACUUUAAUUACUUUACAACACGACUUGAACA